AAUACUGUUUACAAGCCAAAUCCAACUUUCGUCCCACUUUUUAACUUUGCUAAAUUUAAAAGAAAUAGAUCUUUAAGCAUGCCGUUGUCGCGUGAAAAUUGCAACUUACAUUUCUGUCGAAGGAAGGCAGACUUUGGUAGGUAAACAAGUUACAGGGAAAUGUCGCGACAGUAUUUUCACGACGCACCGGAUGGAGAUACCAUUCUCUUUGACGUCAUCGAUGAGAAACCCGAAGUGCCUUACAGACUGUCCGUCUUUAGUCAUGAGACAUACGAGCAAAAGAUGGAGAUUAUGAAUAAUUUACCUGAAUACAAGUGUCGAGAAAAAGAUUUGUUUCUGUUUUCGUAUCCCAAAACAGGCACGAACUGGCUGUGGGAAAUCAUAACAAUGAUAACAACGGGAUCACCGGAAGUCUCCGAUGGCAACAAAGCCUACGGAAUGAUCGAGGUGACGCCAGCCUCUAUCGCAGACAAGAUUCCGGAUCCCCGGAUCAUCAACUCUCAUCUACUUCCGAAAUACCUGCCGAAAGCCAUUUCAACAGGAAAGAUCAAGUGUGUCUUCAUCGCCAGAAACCCGAAAGACACCGCCGUAUCCUUCUACAACCAUACAAAAGGCAUCAAGGGUUAUGAAUACAACGGGAAAUUUGAGAAUUAUCUGCAGAUGUUCAUGCGAGGAGAAGUGGACUAUGGCGGAUAUCCUGAAUACCUUCGUCAGUGGCAGCGAUUUAUGGAGGAGCACUCAGAUGUUCCAAUUCAUGUGAUGUAUUACGAGGACUUAAAAGAGAAUUUCGUGGAAGAGGUACGCAAACUUAGCGCGUUCAUGGGAUAUAACAUGGAUGAGUUGAGACUCCAGCAAAUCCAGGACCGAUGCGAGGUAAACAACAUGAAGCAGGGCAAGCUUGCGAAGACGGACCCGGUCAUACGUGAAAAAAUGAAAGAUUUUUUUCGGGAAGGAUUCAAUUUGAUACGUAAAGGUCAGGUAGGAGACUGGAAGAACUGGUUCACUGUGGCCCAGAGCGAGCAGUUCGACGCCUGGUGGGCCGAGCAGACCAAGGACAUCACGAGGUUCUCCUUCCGGUACACGCUUGAUGUGGGCUGUCAGUAGAUCGCAUUCCAGUGCGACCGGGAGUUCAUGGGUUCGAUGCCCAGGCAGGGAGGCGUUUUUAAGAGCAUCACAAAGACUGCAGACAUCAACUACUUUCUAAAAGUAUUGGUUCUUUCCUGAAAACGGACGGGAUAUCUUAUCCUUUAACCUAGGGCUAUCGAUGUGCUUGAGCUGAAAUAAAUAUUUAAACUA